AUCUUAAAUGAUUGAAAAGUUCUUUUUAAAAUGCAUAAAGCUAUAUUUCUUUAACAAAAAAUAUUAUUAUUUAAAUUACAGAUUUCUAUGGGGAUACUAUCAUAUAAUACUGUCUUUCUUCUUUAGCAACAACUAAUAGUAUACAUGGCUUCUAUCGAAAAUAUUCUUACUGACAUAGGUUUAUUAAACCUUCUCCCCCGAUUUAAUGAAGAAAAGGUGGAUAUCAAUAUUGUUAUGGCUGCUACGGAUGAGGAUCUGAAACGUCUGGGAGUGCAAAGGUUGGGUGACAGGAUCCGUCUUAAGGACAUGUGUCGUCAAAAAAAUUCUAAUAGUAGGGAAGGCCCGUCCAGUAGAAUCAGAGAAGAGAGAAGAACACUAUUCGCGCCAUAUGCAAGACAGACAAAUGGAAACUGCAGCAGAAGCAGCAGCAGUAGUAAACCAAAUGGUAGAUCAAAAAAAGCAAAGAAAAGAACUUGGACAGGCCAGUUUGUCUGCUUAGCUGACAGAACAAGAACAAAAUUACCAACACCUUCAGAAAAGCAAGUGCUACAUAAUGCUGGCCUUGGUUUAAAAAAGAUUUCUUUUGAUAUUGAUGAUGAUGAGACUGACGUUUACACCAAAUUAAUGGCAGAUGCACAAAACAAAGAGAAUGGAGAAACUGAAGGUUUUCCAACUUUAAAACAUUGUGGCGGGUUUGAGUUAUUAAAAUGUAUCCCAAAUUGCAGGAUCCUUGAACCUUUGAAUUGCAAACUAAGUUCCAUAUCUUUGAAAGCUACCAUAGGACAAGGAAAGAUUUAUAUACGUCCAAUUCAAAAGUCGUUGUCGGUAAUACCUCUGCAAAAGGCAAGUACAGUAACAACUUCUAUCAAAGAAAAAUGUUUAAAUUGUUUUGAGGAGUUUUGUCUCGAAGAACUGAGACAACAUACUGAGUUAUGCAUGCCAUACUAUGAAUCUAGUGAUGAUUCAGAAGUUGCAUUACCCCCUGUGUUAUCAAAUGAGGUGACCCAUGAAGAGGAAAACAAUGAAAUAACUGAAACUGAAUCUGCUUUUCGAAUAAGCUAUGAGUACAUUCCAGAAACAAGAGAUCAAAAGCAGGAUAAUGCUAAUAACAACGAAGAAUUUGAUCUCAAUGCAAACAUUAACAACAUCAUCAGUUAUUGCAUUGAUAAUCAAGUGAAUUCACCAGUCGAGAUAUUACGGUAUAUGCAGCAGAAGUUAGUUCAAGGUCGAAGUUUAGAAAUAACUGAUAUUGCGGUUCAUGAUGACAGACCAACAAAUUUUAUCAUGGUUGAUCGGGCCAAUCUUAUUGAAACUGGUUUAGAAGAGAUACGGGAACUGCAAAAUAAGUUGAUUUGUUUAUCUGUGCAGUUUUAUGGUGAGUUGGCAGAAGAUUAUGGAGGGCCAAGAAAAGAGUUUUUUCAACAGAUAAUAAGAGAAAUCAAAGAAAAAUACUUUGAUUGUGAAAUAAACUUGUUUCCUUUAAGUGAUUAUUAUGAUAUUGGAAUAGUUUUUGGCUUGAGUUUGCUUCAGAAUGGUCCAUUUCCACAGUUUUUGGAAGAAGAUGACCUGCAAAAAAUAUUUUUUAACGAAGAACCUGGCAAAUUCAAUGAACUCCGAAGAGCUUUCAAGGAUCUUGGAAUUUUCCAAAUUGUGGAAGCCUUUCCUAUCAUGCUACACCUUUUCCGACCCAAUCCUAAUGCUACUUUCACUUUUAAAAAACUGGUCAACUUGCUUCAGCCAAAAUGGGCAGCUGAAGGGUCAAACGAACAUUACAGGCAGAAAAAGCUUUAUCCGUCAUUAAUGAAAUAUUUGAGGCAAGCACAUGGUGGAAAACGUUCGGGUGUUUCGCUUCCCGAUGUACUAAGGUUUGUCACUGGAAGUGAAGAAGAGCCUUUGUUAGGAUUUGCACUGGCCCCUUCGAUAAAAUUUGUUCCGGUGAUGGAAGAAGGUCGAUUUCUUCCGACAAGUAACACUUGCAUUAAUCAAUUGCAAUUACCAAUGGAAAGUAAUGCUAUUUCCCUUCCAGACGAAAACGCUCUGUUCGGUUUAUAUGACUUAGCCUUUUCUAGUCGAUUUUUUGGACAAAUUUAAAAGUCGUCGACAGUUUUAUUAUUUAUGCCUAUUAGGAACUUAACUCUUGUGAUUAAAUGCAAACAUUUAUGCUUUCUUUCGUUACCUUUUCACUGAUUCAAAACUUAUUUUAUAAUUGGUAGUUGUUUACUUGUAAACUUCGUUUUGUUUACGGUGUCCCUUUCCAAAGGGACACUUAAUUUUUGUUUUAUUCAGAGAGAAUAUUUUUUAUAUUUUAGCUCUUAUCGUUUGUAUUCAUUUUCUUAUAUUAUAGGAGAAUAAAUGUUCCGUAGUUUCUUCAGAAAUUUUCGAUGUACUUUGCAAGAUUAGACUGACGCUUAAUCGUAACACUAUGGUAAAGUGUUCCCGCGAAAUUGUUAAUUUUCUAAGAAAUUCAGAGGUUACCAUUUUUUAAUUUUAAUUUUGAUUGAGGCGCCAAAACUAUCGAAUAAUUUAUCGCAUGCAAACAGCGCAUCGAAUAAUUUAGCGCAUGAAUUCAGCGCAUCGAAUAAUUUAUCGCAUGCAAACAGCGCAUCGAAUAAUUUAGCGCAUGAAUUCAGCGCAUCGAAUAAUUUAGCGCAUGCAAACAGCGCAUCGAAUAAUUUAGCGCAUGCAAACAGCGCAUCGAAUAAUUUA